AUGGUGGCCGUAUCCACCGAGAAUGGUAGGAGGCCUGUCCACUGGGACAUCAAGCAGGCGUACACACACGCCAAGCUGAAGGAAGAAAUCUACCUGAGGCUUCCAGACGGUUGUGGUGUUUGGACUGGCAAGGCGGUGAAAGUCGAGCGUGCUCUGUAUGGACUCAAGCAGAGUGGGCGCGAGUGGGGGUUUGAGGCUGCCGAUGCCCUGAUCUCAAACGGCUACGAGCAGUGCAGGGUGGACCCCUGCAUUUUCCGCAAGGUGGUUGACGGAGAAGUCGUAGGUCUCAUCGUGAUCUACGUGGAUGACAUCAUGUUGUCCGCGACCGAGGAGGAGCGUGAAGAGUUGCUAGCGUCUCUCCAGAAGAGAUUCCCUGUGAAGGAUCUAGGAGAUUGUACCUGGUACGAUGGGUGUGCCAUUGAGGUGGACCUUGAGAAUGGUACCACCAAUCUGUCCCAGACGGCUUAUAUCGAGAGCAUGCUCAACCGCUUCAAUGUCACGACCACUGCUCCCACGCCCGCUGUCGUCGACGAUGACCUAGGGCCGAAGAGAGACGACGAGUCCUCGGUGGACAAGCCCGUGAGGGAAGCGAUCGGAUGCCUGAUGUGGUUGCUGUUCACGAGGCCGGACAUCGCGCUGCCUUUGAACAAGCUGCAGAAGAUCGCCCACUCACCCACCGAGAGGAUGUGGAACGCGCUUGUGCGGAUCAUGUCCUACCUCAACGAGACGAAGGACCUCGGGAUCACCUACGUCCGCGGAUCAGGGCUAGACCUAGACGUGUUCGUCGAUUCUAGUUACGCCGACAGCACCGUUGACAGGCGUUCGACGACGGGGCUAGCCGUGACUGUAGGUGGGACCGUAGUGUGCGCAUCCACGAAGACACAGCCAGUGACGGCUCAGUCGACCACGGAGGCAAAGUAUGUUGCAGCCGGGGAGGGCGUGAAGGAAGCGUUGUUCGUGCGUGGUGUUCUGUCGUUCAUUGCGCCCGAGACGAGCGGUGCCACGAUCAGGG